CAGACAUAUGUGUUGAUUUUUUUUGUUACACAUUUCAUACGUAGAAAUUCUCAGAGUGGGUCCAACAGGCCAGGCAAUAUGAACAACUGCUUUAUAAAAUGGUGUACUCUGAUACUUUUUUUCUUUUUCAGUCAAAUUUUACAGAGUAAAUCAUUUGAUUUUGAUGAUUGCCUGGAAACUUGCCGAAGAAAAAGUGUUACCAUCCGACCAGAUAUGGUACCAGCCGGUAAAUACUUGAGGAUGAACUCUCCAGAACCAUACACUCCGAUAACUACUGUAAAGAGCUUUUUUGUGAGUAGUGACUACAAACAAGUCAAUGUGAUUAGAUAUUUGCCGAAUUAUGGCAAACGUGCGAAUGGAUAUCCAGAAAUGAAUUCAGCUUUGAUGAGAAAAAAUCGAAAAGGGAAAGAAUACGAACCAGUAUCACAAGUACCACCAGUUGCUGCGUCAGAUGUUGACAAUAGCUUCAUGAAAGUAAUAUAA